UGGUUAGACCAAUUAUAACAUGGAUCAUUGCCACCAGCCUGUGCCUGGAAAGGGCAGUGCCAUUUGUGCUGAAUACAAUGUUUUGAAGCUCAAAAGGGGAAGCAAUCCCAGAAAAUGGGAUGUUUUUAUUUGUUCCUCAAUAUUGCCAGAUUCUGAGUUCUUUGUUAUAUAAUAGUGUUUCAACCAAAUCCUUCAACGUGGAAACUCUUUAAAGAGGCUACAAAAUGAGAAGUAAAAAGGGAUAGCUACAGCUUCAUUUAUUUUCUGAUCCUGAGUGAAAGAACUAUAAGCAGAGUGGAAAGAACGGGAAAAACUGAGACAGACUUUGCAUCAUGCAUGCAACUUGGGCCGUUGUGUUUUUUCUUCUCUUUGGCUUCAACCUCCCCAAAGCAAAAGGCAACUGUUACUUGGAAAAGUCCCAAGAGCACUGUGUAUGUUCACUGCUUGAGAGGAUAAACAUCCAAACCCUGUUACAUUGCCUCCAAGCCACCACAUAUGAGCUCCGAGGAGGAAAUCUGAAACAAUUUGCAGUCUUCUCUAUAAUACAUACAAGCCCAGAAUUAAUACAAUACAUAUUGGGAGGAGUGAAAGUAUGCAAGCUUAUCUUUACAAAUCUCAUUGUGCCAGAGGUUCUCUUGCCAACAGCCAUGCAGUUUGCUGCCUCCUUUCCUCAGGUCUCUGAACUGGAGUUUAUAAACUGCACUUUCGUUAAAUCUGCUGACCAGCUUGACACAGAUGGAUUUGAUCUAAAGGUUUCUUCUUUGCAUUUCCACAAAGUCAUGGCUGCCCCUUUGGACGACAGAGUUGAUAUAUCCAGCCUGAGAAGCUGGCUGGAGACCCUAGAAAACCUGUCAGUAACCGAGUCAGAAGUCACAUCUAUCCCAUGCAAAAUCAGCACAGUAUUGAGAGCACUGCGCUUCUUGGAUCUUUCUGGAAACCGUUUCCAGGACCAGGGCAUAGAGAAAUCAUUCUGCAAAGGUGCUUUCCCUCAGCUCCAGGUGUUAAAACUACAUGGCAACAAUCUGACCUCUUAUGAGACAGUGUGCCAGACUCUGGCUCAUCUCAACCAGCUCACUCAUUUGGACCUCAGUCAGAAUGAUUUCGUGCCUGAACUCGUCUCCUCUCCCUGCUUGUGGCCACCAUCACUGCGUGUUUUCAACUUAUCCAGCACAGGAUUUGAACACAUAGACAGGUCACUACCCCCUGACAUUGAGAUACUAGAUCUGAGUGCCAAUCACAUUUUUACCCUAGACCUCUCCAUCCCUGGACUGAAAGAGCUCUACCUGUCCCACAACAGGCUGCCGUCCAUCCCCUCUGUCAAGGGGCUUCCAAGUCUAGAAGUGCUCAGUUUAGAUCACAACCAGCUCUCGCAGCUUCCUACUGAAGGCCUUCUGCAUUUGAAAAACCUGCACAGCUUAAAAGCCGGACACAAUCUCUACAAUUGUUCUUGCCGCCAGACUAUCAAGGAAAUCCAGGACUUGGCCACCAGCAAGGCCUUGCUGCCCGAUUGGCCUCAUGACUACAUAUGCAGCUCCCCUCUGGAUUACCAGGACUAUGUCCUGAAUGAAGUGCCUCUCUCCUCACUGCAGUGCAGCAGGGCAGCCAUGCUCAGGCAGGGCUCAGGGGCCACUUUGCUGACAUACCUUCCAUUGGUCCUUUCUUUGCUCUCAUUGCCAGCAUAUAGAACCCAACCUAUUGUGCUGUAAAUCAAGCAGCUAAGUAGAAUGCCUGGAUGAGAAUGGUUGAAGCUUUGGAGGGAAAUAGCAAACGUAAUAAGAGUGUUUGGUUACCUCAGAAUAUUCUGUGUUGAUAGCUAUAACUAUCACUGCUGAUAUGCUUUCCACUGAAAUAGAAAGAAGUUUGUUUUGAAAAGAAAAAGUGCAUUGCUUUGUAGAUGGAAUCAGUCUUCACACUACCCAGAAUAUUUUUUCUUAAUACUCUAGCUAUAGCUCAUGAAAACCUAUGCAGUAAUAACUUUGGAAACUGUUCCACCACUAAAAUCUCACAGGGCUUUAUUCUUCCUAUAGAAUGGCAGUGAGGAAAGGAUACUGGGGCAUACCUUUGACCACUGACUUUUCACAGGCAAGAACAAAUUGCUUUUAGAAGUAAUUUUUCAAGCUGUGUUCCAGCAUUAUCAACUGCAUUCACGAACUAUGGAUAGGCUCAAAAAGGAUCAAUGAAAGCAAAUCUUCUUUAUUCCCUGCAUUUCAUUUUGUUUUAAGUGCAGGAUUUCAAUAUGAUAUUACAAUCACCCAGGCAUAUCCUUCAUAUGUCAAAUGGAUUGAUAAAAAAACCCUAACCCUGAUGUCUUUGUGCUUAGUUGGCUUCAUGGCUAACAUCCCCAUAGAUUAUAUGCAUAGUCGGAGACAUUAAAUGAAAUUGCAGUGGAGAUCUAGGUGCAAAAAUAUAUUAAUCAACAUUAAUUUUCCUGUCUCCUUUCUUUUAAUUUCUGGUACUCUGCUGUUUUAAAAUUAAAAACACACACAAGUGAAAUGUCUGUUAUUUGGAAUUGUGGAUCUUUUUGCAUACAUAUUCUCAAAAGAGUCAAAUUUAAAACAACCAAUUGGAAAUUUUUGGAUGCUGCCUCUUUCUAUAGGUAUGGUCCUACAGUAGAUGCUAGUUGCUUUGUUAAGUUUUCAGAGGGCAGGCAGA